AUCCACACCUUUUCUUCCACACUAUGCCACCCAAGAAAUAUACCGUGAAGUUGGCGGUACCCUCCAAGUUUCUCGCCACACUUCCGGUGUUUGAGGUGCCGGCUUCCAAAACUAGGGUUAAAAAACUCGCUGCCGAAGACAAAAAGACCCCUGCUGCAUCAGUAGAUCCCAGUGUGGCUUCUUCCAAGACCUCCUCACCCCAGCCAGAGACCGGUGGGACCGGUGGGGCUGCCGGCUUUGGCAGUGUAAACAACGCCUUUAACAACAGAAUAAACAGUGGGCUCAAGGAGAGCAGUACUUCGGGUUUGACCAUGAACCCAAUUGCUGGCCAGUACUCUUUAGACAAGAGUGGUAAGCCGGUGAACCGAUGGAUGAAGAGACAGACACAGUUUAAGACGUUCACCGGGUUCAAGGUGAAGUACUAUACGUGGAAACAGAAGAAGAAGGACAGGAGGGAAAGCAUACUGAAGAAGGAGGAUAAAGAGAAGGUGAAGCAGGAGAAGAAGGUGAAGGAGGUGCCGAUUGUGGAGGUGGUGGGAGCUUAGGGCAUCCAGUACAUAUUUACGCCAUAAUGCAUGAUACACUUAGUGGUUGGUAGAGUAAUUUAGUUGUUUUACCUUUGAUAGAGAAUACGUUUUGACUGUUGU